AUGUCGAAUGUAUUUGGGGAUAUUAUUUUAUUUCUAUCUUCUAUACCAAAAUUUGAGGACACCAAAUUAAUAUUAAAAAAUAGUAAAGUGGUUUCAAUUAAUAAAAUUGUCUUUUCUGCAUAUAGUAAAAAAAUUUUAGAAUUGGUUUUUUUAUCAGAAAAUGAAGGAUAUCUUUGUCUUGAUGGUAUAGAUGAAAAGUAUUUUAACAUAUUAAAAAAAUUCAUUUAUGAAAGAAAUGAACUUGAAUGGACUGAAGAAGUAGUUGCUUACAUGAUUUUUACUUUAUUUAUUUUUGAUGUUCCACGAAUGCAGAAAUUUGUAUUAUCUAUUUUCAAGAAAGUUGAUCCAAUUCAAUUAUUUUAUAUGAUCAAAGCGUUUGCCGCUAACGAUAAAUUAAAUUCUGAUGUAGCUAACAAAUCUUUUAUAUUUUUUGCUGAAAAUAUUGAUAUUGAUGUGAUAAAUGAAGAAAAUAUAUUAAUGUUAGGUAAAGAGUCUAUUGAACUAAUAUCACGUUAUUUACCAUUAGAAAAAAAAAGAAUCAGGGGGUUAUUUCAAAAAUAUCAGUCGGAAAUAAAUACCAUGCUUAGACAAUUAUCUAUUUUUGGAAGUAAAGAAGCUAUUGAUGAAAGUACAUGCUCAAAAUUAAGUUUAUUAAGGACUUAUGCUGAUAAAGACUGUAUUGAAAUAUGUGGACUUAAGAAAUGGUUUACUUAUAUUGUAAAUUGGUUUUUUUAUAGCUAUGAUAGGAAUGUAUAUGAUUUUUCUGUCUUCAUGGAUUUUGUGGUAGAUUGUGAUGAAAUCUGCACUGGAUUGAUUAAAAAAAUUUUAGUUGAGUUUGAACAACGAUUAGGAAAUGUUUUAAGCGCUGAUGAAUGUAAAUAUUUUGUCAGAUGUUUCAACAAAAUAAAGAAAUCUACUGAUCCUAGUAAAUGUUGUUGUAAAUAUUGCAAACAAUACUUUUUUUAUACUAUUUCAAAUGAUACAAAAAGUCGAAGAAUUACAGAAAACUCUACAGAUUUUUUUAAUAAUGUUUAUGAUAAUUCAGAAAUUACUUUAAGAGAUAAAUGUCAUGAAGGAAGUAUUUCUAGUACUAACUAUACUAUUAGCCACAAAACUUUUUCCACAUAUGGACCAGGUUCUUUAAUUUACAGUUCAGCACCAUCCAUGAUUACUACAAACGUACAUACAGAUGAUACUUCAACUUUAUUUGAGGAAAGAAGUAAUUACAUUGAAAAAUUGAAAAUAUUUGAUAAUUCUAUUAUUAUUGCUGGAGGAAAUUUCGCCAAUAAUAAAUUGUAUGACUAUGAUAUAUAUUCAUAUGAUAUACUAAGAAAUAAAUGUGGUAUUGUUGAUAGCAUUUGUACUGGAAGGGAAGAAUGUAAGAUUGAAUACAAGGAUGGAAAUAUUUUUGUUUUUGGUGGAAAAAAUAGAUCUGGUGAAAAAAUCCAUAGUAUCAAGGCAUUAAAUAUUAAAAAUGGAGAAAUUAAAAAUAUGAAUGAUUCUUUUUCAUGUGGACGGACAAAUCAUGCCACAAUUCUCCAAGAUGAUUACGUUUAUAUUAUUGGUGGGAAAUUAGAUGACAAGAAUGAAACUAUUGUUCAAUAUAAUUUGAAAUAUGAAAAAAAAAGUUUAAUUUUUCCUGAUAAACCAUUUGAAAUUAUUGACCAUUCACUAUGUAAAUAUGAAAAUACGAUUUAUAUUUUUGGUGGAAUUAAGGAAAAUAAACUAAAAAAUAUGUUAAUUUUUGAUCCUCGAUCAAAAGAUAGGCUGAUUAAAUGCAAGUCACCUCCAAUACCAAUUUUCAGAACAUCAAUUGUACAAAAUGCUAAUGUUAUUACUUCAUUUGGUGGAGCAGAAUUUUCAAAUAACAGAUCAGAAUUAAUUGCUCAUGAUAAAAUUUUUGAAUUUGAUCCAAGGGCAGAUAAGUGGAUACAAUGUGAUUUACAUUGUGGACGUCCAUUUUACAGUGGGGGGUCUUGUUAUAUUAAUGAGUCAUUCUAUACUUUUGGUGGAUAUGAUUUCAAUAGUAAUCCACAAAAUGAAAUCUACAUUUUUAAAGAUAAGUCAUGGAAUAAUAUAGCAAAUUUUCCAGUUUCUUUAGCAGGUUUUGAUUUUUUUUUGUUACCUUAG